GGGCAGGGGGUCCGCCGAAGGCAGCCCAGCCAAUGUCGCGGGGCGUGCGGGACUUGCUGCUGGGCGUGCUGGUCACGGCAUGGGUCAUGGUGGUUUCAAUGGUGGUCGAGGCGGAUACGGUGCUGGUCGCGGAUACGAUGGAGGAUAUGAUGGUCGUGGUUGGAACCAAUGGAAUAAUGGUGGAGGUCGCGGAUUCGCCGGGAAUCAAUGGCAGCGGAACUUUAACCCUCCACCCGGCGAGUUUGUUGAAGGCGCCACGGGUCCUCAUUACCGUCAGAGAGGUGGUCGAGAUGGGGGUGGUCGUAACCCUCCUCCACGCCGUCCGUUUGUACCGAAGGCGGCACCCAAACCGGUCCUCCCGCUGAAGGGGACUGUCAGUGGGGCGACCAAAGUGGCAGAUGCCGCCACUUCCUCUUCUGCAGCGCUACCAGAGGCGGCGGUGGUUAAGGCUCUGGCUGGGGUCACCAUUCCAACUUCCACACCUUCAGAUGACAAAGAUGGCCACAGUGACAAAUGUAAUGAUAAAGCGGAUGCGGUGCGUGCUAACAAAGCGGCACGCAAGAAAGAAAAAAUGACUUGUUAUCGUUGUGGUGUGCCGGGCCACUUUGUGAUUGACUGCACGGCGGUGCUUUGUGAUAUAUGUUUGAAGUCGGAACACUCAUCUGGCGACUAUCUGUUGCUUUUGGUGCCUAUACCUGUGGUGAACAUUUAUGGUGUCUGUACUACCAAGCUUAUGUUCUUUGAGACUCCAUGCACGAUUUCAGUGACUCCUGCGGUAGACAAUUCGAAGUUUGGUCUGGUCAGGGUUACUCAGGGGACAUUGACAGAGGAACAGGUGUGUCAGCAGCUCAGACGGCUAGUGUCUGAGUCUUUUCACUGGUCUCUCGUCAGGAUGGAGGAUCAGGUUUACAGAGUGGAGUUCCCUAGGAGAGAGGACCUUCACCACCUGCUGAAGUGUGGACCCAGUAAGGUGCCCGGAAGUAAGUGCAUUCUUGAGUUUGAUGAGUGCAAAAACCUGAGCCAAUGGGGAUACCGCUAGAAAAGGUUUGGGUCAGACUCUCAGGAGUUCCAGAGACUCUUCUUAAUGACUAUCUUAUUGUUGUGAGUCUUGGCUCUCUGUUAGGUAAAACAGAGAAGGUGGACAUGCCAUUCACAGGCCUGCAUGGAGAGGUGAGGCUACUUGUCGGUGUUGUGAAUGCGGAUUAUAUUCCAGACUUCGUACCAUGGACUUAUGAUGGGAUGUCUUAUGAUCUCGAUAUUGUGGUUGAGGAGGUUCAGCAGGCAAAUAAUAAUUAUGGGAAUACUGAUGUUGAUAUGACUGAUGGUGGAGAUGGUAGUCGUGAUGGUGGUGGCGACCCAGGGAUGGGAGGCAACCCCAGCGACCACAGUGGAAAGGACAAGCCGGCCAGAAAACCCACACAAUCGACUGAGCCGAAGACCGACAAGGGGUCGGCACCCCCAACCACUCCGGCAGCAUCUCUCCGUUUUGGUUCGUUUCAGGCGAUGUCCGCACCGAGUCGUCUUUGGGGUGACCGUGUGGAGAUAGAGGACUCUGAUGAUGAUCUUCCAACACAGGGGGUGGUGGUGGAGGAGCACCGACAGAUGACGAAUGAGGUUCCACCGCAGCUGACGUCUCCUCGCCGCCCAGUCACCCCAGUGGUGACAGAGGUGUCUAUGGCGGCGGUGACAGUGGAGGGACGGCCGUCGGCGAUCUUGCCUUCUCCUACAGUGGAGGGCUCUAGACCAUCUCGCUCUUUGUCACCACGUUCGACCAGCUCGACACAGGUGGUGUCCAGGUCGGGCAAUGAUGAUAGCACAUCGGCGGAGAUCUGUGCUUCGGAUGUCGCGAAUACUGAUACCGUGGUGGAGCAGUUCGGGAGGCCGGUGUCUCCCAUUGCUUCUGACUUAGUCGGGCAUACGGCUGGCGGCCACAGCCCGGCCGGAGUCGCUUUGGAGGACGUCAUCGCCUUUGGAGGUAUUCCGAAACCUAGUUCCGGUAACAGACGGUUCAGUCACCGGAUCCAGGGUCGGCCGGACGCGGAUGACAUACAGAUGGGGUGAGCCAUGAGGGCCGCCAAACUUUGAGACAUUGAAGUUCAUACAGGUUAUCUACAAAGCUACAGCCUGGAUCCGUAUAUGAUCGUUACUCACUCAUGCGGACUACAGGGGGCCUAUGGUUAUUGGGUGCAACCGCUGGGAGACGGUAGCACGAGCUAUUUUCAGCCGAUUUGGAUGGCGAGUUAAUAAUAGGCUAGGUGUGUAGACAUCGUAGUCUGUUCUUUAUCACCGGAUGUGGCGCUUUAUUGCCGGAUGUGGCACUUUGCAUACUUAGUUUCUCCUUUUUUGCUCGGAUUUUGAGCUUCAUUGGAUGUUAAGACUCUGUUUCGAUUUCUAAUAA